UUGCUGGAGACGGACCAACCACACACGACCAAACCCCCAAAAAUGAAACUAAACAUUUGUCUAACGAUUCACGCAGAAACAGCCCAAAGUGGGGACAUUUCUACACUCACUCCCACUUUUGGCUCCCUUCGUUUCCUCAUUUCCACCUCAUACUGUUCACACCGCCAAAACCUUGACUCUCUGUAAUUUCCUUCCUUUCUCUACUAUUCUUAUCAUUCCCGACUAAAAAAAUACAUUUAAUUAAUCUAAAAACAAAAAAAGACCAAAAAGGCCAAAAGCAAAACCAUACAUACAUACAUACAUACAUACAUACAGACAGACAGUCACAGACAUGCUCACAAGAUUCAACAAAACCGAAACGUUUCCUCUUGAUAGUUGAUACUGCUAGUCACCGCUUCUCUCUCUCUCUCUCUCUCUCUCGCCAACCCUUAAACCUCUCCUUUUCCUCCGAUCCCUUAACCUUUUUCCAAAUCCAUCUGGCAAAACCCUGCGAUCUGUUUUCCACUCAUCUUUUGCUAACUUUUUUUUUUUUUUUUCUGUCCGUAUAUACCUUCUUUUUCUCUCUGGUUUUAGUAUAUUCUUAUACUCUUAUCCCAUAAAACAGAGUAAAGAAUUGCCAAAUCUUGAACCAAAACCCGAUUGAGGAAAUUGGGAUCCGAUGAUCCAACUGGUGGGAUACGCAACAGUGACCCGGUUGAUGAAAAUCAUUGAAAUGUGAUUUUCCGACAAGGCAGUCACAUUUUGUCAGACAAAGUAGAAAGAAAGGCAAUUGUCUUUUUUUUUUGGUGAAUAAGAAAGCAAUUGUCUUGGUUUUUGUCUUUGAAGAAAUGAGAGAGACGAACGGCGUGCAGGGAUACAAGGGGUACUUGAGAUACGGGUCAGGGCUAUCUUGUAAUUUCACAGACAAUAUGUGGAAGCAAAUUAUGAAGUACACUGCCAAGUCCUCUGCUAUCUUCUUGUUCUUAUUCAUCCUCCUGGUCGGCGCGUUUGUCUCCACGCGCUUACUCGGCACCACCACUUCUCUAGGUGGUCCAGCUUCCGGACCAGUUUUAACUACCAAAACACCCCAAGUGUCCACCUCUGAAAUCCCUAAAAAGCCUCGUAAGAAUAUCGAAAUUCCACUCAACUGUACUGCAUACAACCUCACUCGAACCUGCCCUUCAAGUUACCCAACCACUGUUCUCCCGGAUGAAGAUCCCAACCGUCCAGCACCCCCAACUUGUCCUGACUACUUCAGAUGGAUCCACGAAGAUCUGAGGCCUUGGACCCACACUGGCAUAACAAGGGAGAUGUUAGAGAGCGCCAAACGGACGGCUAACUUUAAAUUGGUGAUCGUAAAUGGUAAAGCUUACGUGGAGAAAUAUCAUAGGGCCUUUCAAACCAGAGACGUUUUUACCCUGUGGGGGAUUCUACAGUUGCUACGGAGAUACCCAGGGAAAGUGCCUGAUCUGGAGCUGAUGUUUGAUUGCGUUGAUUGGCCCGUGGUUCUAUCAAGGGAUUAUAGUGGGCCCAAUGCCACGGCUCCACCACCAUUGUUUCGGUACUGUGGGGAUGAUAAGACGCUCGAUAUUGUCUUCCCUGAUUGGUCAUUUUGGGGCUGGCCUGAGAUCAGCAUAAAGCCUUGGGAGGAAUUACUGAAGGACUUGGAAGAAGGAAAUAGGAGGAGAAAAUGGGUGGAUAGAGAACCUUACGCUUAUUGGAAAGGAAAUCCAGCCGUUGCUGCAACCAGGAAAGACCUUCUCAAAUGUAAUGUCUCAGACCAACAGGACUGGAAUGCUCGUGUCUAUGCGCAGGAUUGGUUACGAGAAUCUAAGGAAGGGUACAAACGAUCAGAUUUGGCAAACCAAUGCAUUCAUAGGUAUAAGAUCUACAUUGAAGGGUCAGCUUGGUCUGUCAGUGAAAAGUACAUCCUAGCCUGUGAUUCUGUAACGCUUGUAGUAAAGCCCCACUACUAUGAUUUCUUCACUCGAAGUUUGAUGCCAGUUCAGCACUAUUGGCCCAUAAAAGAGGAUGAUAAAUGCAGAUCCAUUAAGUUUGCUGUUGACUGGGGCAAUUCACACAAGCAAAAGGCACAAGCCAUGGGAAAAGCUGCGAGCCAGUUCAUCCAAGAGGAACUUAAGAUGGAGAAUGUGUAUGAUUAUAUGUUUCAUGUUUUAAAUGAAUAUGCUAAGCUCUUGCAGUUCAAGCCUACUGUCCCUCGAAAAGCUAUAGGGCUCUGUUCCGAGGCAAUGGCUUGCUUUGCGCAAGGACUAACCAAAAAGUUUAUGAUGGAAUCUAUGGUAAAGGGUCCUGCAGAAAGUGGUCCUUGCACCAUUCCUCCUCCUUAUGCUCCUUCAUCUCUUAAUGCCUUCCUCCGAAAACAAACGAAUUCUAUUAAACAAGUCGAAAUGUGGGAGAAGAAUUACUGGGACAACUUAAAUAAACAAUCUUAAGAGUUUAUUUUAUUUUAUUUUUUUAUUUCUUAUUUUUGUAUACGCAUAGAGGUAUUUAGUCUUGAUUAGUAAUUUGCUUUUCAAUGUAUAUUUCAUUUUUUUUUUAUAUUUUCAAAAAAGAAAUAUUUAUCCACUAAAUAAAUCUAUCUUAUAAUUUA